CCAGUAGCUUUUCGGGCAACCCAAACCGAGAGCAUCAAUGGCGACAAAGUCCAGCUCUCCAUCCACCCACACUCUUCCCUCCAUCCCUCUUCUCCUCCACGUACUUCCCUUCCUCCUCCUUUCCUCCUCUCUCCUUCCAAGAUCCACGUCCCAAAGUACAUCCCAGGAAGACGAGAAACGAACUCUCCUUAAGAUAAAGGCCGACUGGGGAAGCCCUUCCAAUCUCAGCUCCUGGAAUAACUCCGCCGCCAAUUAUUGCAGCUGGCCUGGAAUCCGCUGCGUCGAUAGCUUCGUUACGGAGAUAUCCCUUAGCAAUCAAGGACUGGCAGCACCGAUUCCUCCGGCGGUUUGUGGCCUCAAAAACCUCUCUUUUCUCGAUCUCUCUUACAACAAUCUCCCCGGACCGUUCCCCACCACUCUCUACAAAUGCUCCAAUCUCAUGCACUUGGACCUCUCUCAGAACGUCUUCGUCGGUGAACUCCCCACCGACAUCGACCGACUGUCGCCCCGUCUCACCUAUCUUUGCCUCUCUGGUAAUAAUUUCAGCGGCAACGUUCCCACCUCCAUCGCCCGGUUUCCGGCCAUCCAGUCACUGUGGCUGGACAACAAUCUCUUCAACGGCUCGUUUCCGGCGAAGAUUGGCAACCUCCGUACUCUGGAGACCCUCACCCUCGCUUAUAAUCCCUUCGCCCCUGCGAGAAUUCCUCCAGAAUUUGGCAAUAUGACGAGAUUAAGCUACCUCUGGAUGACACAAAUGAAUCUUUUUGGUGAAAUCCCCCUUUCCCUGGGGACAUUGACGGAGCUCGAGCAUUUGGACUUGGCGUGGAAUUCUCUGAAUGGGACAAUUCCCGGCUGGAUCUGGAAAUUAGAGAAGCUAGAGUACCUGUAUCUAUUUGCAAACAAAUUCUCCGGCGAGAUCAAUGGGACGAUCGGAGCCCUGGGCUUGGUCGAGCUUGACGUCUCCAAAAACCAGCUGUUUGGACCCAUACCGGAGGAUAUCGGAAAGCUCAAGAAUCUCUCUCUUUUAUUUAUGUACGACAAUGGCUUCUCUGGCGAGAUUCCAGCAAGCAUCGGACUGCUGCCCAACUUGUAUGACCUCCGGCUCUUUAACAACAGUCUCAUGGGGGUUUUGCCGCCAGAAUUGGGGAAGCACUCCGAGCUGUGGAAUCUUGAAGUCCAGUUGAACAGAAUCUCCGGCGAGCUGCCCCAGCAUCUCUGCACCGGCAAGAAUCUGACCUCGGUGAGCGUGUUCGACAACAAGUUCACCGGUCAGGUGCCAGCCUCUCUCGGGGAUUGCUCGACGCUAAAUAACAUUCAGCUCUACAGGAAUGGAUUCACCGGCGACUUCCCCUCUGGAAUCUGGACGGCUACUAACCUGACCACCGUCAUCAUCAAGGACAAUUCCCUUUCCGGCACUCUUCCUGACGAGCUCCUAUGGAAUCUAACACGGUUAGAGAUGGAAAACAAUAGAUUCUCAGGCAAGAUUCCGUCGUCGGCGAAGAAUCUGUUGGUGUUCAACGCGGGCAACAAUUUGUUCUCCGGCGAGAUCUCGGCGGCACUAGCGGGCAUGUCCCGCCUCCAGAUCCUCUCUCUUGGUGGUAACCAGAUCUCGGGAUCGAUCCCUUUGGCUGUCUCGGCGUUGACGUCCCUCAACACUCUCGACCUCAGUGACAACCGUCUCUCCGGCGAGAUCCCAGCGGCGCUCGGAUACCUUCCGAGUCUGACAUCCCUCGACCUCUCCGGCAACCAGCUCUCCGGCGAGAUCCCGCCGGCGAUCGGCAAGCUCAAGUUUGUCUUCCUCAACCUCUCCUCCAACCAACUCUCUGGCGAGAUUCCGAGCUCGCUUCAGAACCAAGCCUAUGAGCUUAGCUUUCUCGCAGAUCCCGGCCUCUGCUCGUCCACCAACUCCAUCAAGAAUCUCCCCACGUGUAGUUACCAAUCCGGAGGCUUGGAUAAGGUCUCAAAGGGACUCCUCGUCGUCCUCCUGCUCCUUGGUGCGGUCUUCUUCCUCGCCGUGGUCGCGAUCGGUUUCCUGAUGGUGAAGCGCCGAAGGAGCAUGGAUGGUGACGAUCUCGCCUUUUGGAAGCUCACCUCGUUCCACACUCUAGAUUUCACGGAGCACAACAUCGUCCGCGGGCUCACCGAAAGCAACUCCAUCGGAAGCGGUGGAUCGGGAAAGGUCUAUCGGAUCGUUCUCGGUAAUCGUGCCGGGGAGAUCGUGGCCGUUAAAAAGAUUUGGAACGGCAGAAAACUAGACUCCAAGCUCGAAAAGGAGUUCCAGGCGGAAGUGGAAAUCCUGGGUUCCAUACGGCAUGCCAAUAUCGUGAAGCUUUUGUGCUGCAUCACAAAAGACGACUCCAGGUUGCUGGUGUACGAAUACAUGGAGAACGGGAGCCUGGAUCAGUGGCUGCACAAGGCGCAGGGUAGAGAUACUGGUUCGGGCCGUUCUAAUCCAUUGGAUUGGCCGACGAGGCUGGGGAUUGCCAUCGGAGGGGCACGGGGUCUCAGCUACAUGCAUCACGAUUGCUCUCCACCCAUUAUGCAUCGAGAUGUGAAGUCCAGCAACAUAUUAUUGAGUUCAGGAUUUGGUGCCAAGAUUGCAGACUUUGGUCUGGCUCGGAUGCUGGUUAAAGUCGGCGAGCCCGAAAGUGUCUCAGCUAUUGCAGGCUCUUUCGGAUAUAUGGCUCCAGAGUGCGGAUAUCUGAGGAAGAUCGACGAGAAGGUGGAUGUAUUCAGUUUUGGAGUGGUUCUUUUGGAGCUGGUAACGGGAAGGGAAGCCAAUGAUGGGGGCGAGCAUGGAUGCCUGGCCGAUUGGGCAUGGCACCGCUACCAGGAGGGUAGCAGGUUGAUUGAUAUCAUAGACGAGGAGAUUCAAAAUGCCCUGCUUUACUUGGAUGAGAUGGAGGUAGUCUUCAGGCUAGGGCUAUUCUGCACAGGAAAAACGCCUUCAGGCAGGCCUUCAAUGAAAGAGGUGUUACAAGUCCUAAUAAAGUGUGACCCAAGACUGGAAGCUCCAAAUAGGCUACACCGCGAGUUUGAUGCAGCUCCCCUUCUGCAAACCAAAAAGGGUAGCCGGCGGGAAAGCCUGUCAGAUGCUGAUGAAGGAGAAGGCCACAAAUAUUUGGCAGGUCUAGUUUAGGUGUGACCGCUGCUUCUAUUGUUCUGCGUGAGCAUCCAACAAUCCAAAUCCUCUCAUUUGGCAGCGCACUAAUUGAAGAGAUCCACUUCAUGUAUAUCACCGGCCAUCUGCAUUCUGCAACGGCUGGCGAGGCGUACUGAUACCCACAGGGGGUGUUACCUCUAUUGCACGCGGCCCCGCACACUGCCCCAGUAUGGACUAUGGACAUUGGAUGCUGGCCAGCAUGCGUCCUCAUACUCAGCUGCACUGAUGCAGCAGGGGGGUGCACGUGCCGAUGCCGUCGGCGUAACAGAGGCUCAGGCAGCCGUCUACUGGUGAAAUGCUCUUUUUGUUAGAAGUAUUUGGUUUCCGAUUAAGACCCAUCUCCACCGUAUAAGCUGGUCAACCGACCUCCAAGAUCUAUGGUCCUCAUGGAGGGGGCGAAGAAUCAAGAAGGCACUGGGAUGUACAUGGGAUCAGUUGGCAAUGGCGGUCUGCUGGCAUUUAUGGCUGGAACGAAAUUCGAGUGUUUCUUCACCGUUCUACACAAAACUCUGCAGACGUUUCUUCACUGGGGAGAACAUUAGCAGUGGCAAACACGAGGAUAAUCACCUGAUGGUCAAGAACUUGCUUGCACCUGUCCUUCAAAUGUAAGACCUCCUUCAUUCAAGGUCUGUGUCCAAAGAUGUUUGCUUCCUUUUCACGGAGCCCGGUGAUGGUGAAUUUCUGUACUUUGUAAAUAUCACUAUCUGAACUUUUGUAUGCGUCUCUUCUUCAAUAAAAGCUGGGGGAAGCUCCUUGCUUCCUCCAUCUGCCCUUCCAAAAAAAAAAAAGGGCCUUAUGUGACGGGAAAUCUUUGGACAGCCACAAAGCUUUGACCAAUUUGCUGAACCCCCCACCACCAAGCGAGUUAGCAGUUAACAGGGGUGAUAAAUUAGUUCUGUCGUGGCUCAGAGUUCUGAUGUAUGUAGUGGAUAAGAGUUCUGAUGUCUGUUGAACGUUUGUAGUUCAACUUUGUAGCAACUUCAACCCCUUCUCUAGAAAUUUCACUUUGUAUAUACCAUUGUAAAUACAAUUUGAUACGAUAAAUUCAGGGUGGCGUCGUUUUGCUUCCCUUUCCAUCAAAAAAGAAAAGGGGGCUCUGGCAGAGAAAACACAACUCCACAUGCUUCUGCCCCGUCCAAUCACCACCCUUAACGCGAUGCAGGAACGGUGGAUGCUCGAACUAUACACUUCUAGAGACUGGAGAGGAUCUGAACUACGCUGAAUACACACGAUCAACCCAAUAGACGAGCAAUCGUUGUAGGCAGUUCCACACUUCAGAGAAAUAUGCUCUCCUUGCAUGUAUUUCCGUAACAAUAUGUCCCCAUGUAUACACUCAAGAUUUCUCCCCUAAAUACAUUGGCCUCAUGACUAUUGCAUAUGUAACAAGAGAGUUCAAAACCAUAAGCUCCAGGCAGAUAAAAGCUAAUUCAGCUCCCCUUUAUUAAUAAGAUGCAAAACUUUAAAACAGGAUGAAAAAUAAAAAGUUGGAUGGGAAAGAUGGAGAGGAAGACAGAAGGAAAAUUGGCAAGCCGGAGUUGCAUCAUAUCCUCACUUGCAGCUGCGGCAUUUGCGGGCUUGAGAAGUUAACCUCAAUACUCGUGUAAUUGCUGCCGCAGAGAUACCAAUUUAGGAAGCAUUCACAUGAUGAAGAACAUGAGGGCACUUGAGACAAGGAAGGGACGUCAAAAAGCAGUCUUUUCCUAUGCUCCAAAUUUUUUUU